UAGCAUAUUGAUCACAACAAUAAAACGACCGCGCGGUUAAACCUGUCCCGAGUUUGCCAUAUAUUCCCGAUAAUGAAAUAUUCACAUAUUAUUGUUAAGUUUCGUGAUUGGAUAUAGCAAAAACAGUGCAUGCGACUCGUGAUAAAACCGUUUUCUAAAAGUGUCGCUAUUUUUUGAAGGAAUUACAUGUUAAAGAGUUGUGUAUCUUUGAGAAUAUUUUGAAAUAUGGAAGUAUUAUUUGUUUAUGAAGAAAUUCCACCAUAAAUGUGAUUAAAUAGAGCGAUGGCUGACGCAAAGACAAAAGGUGGCGGCGAGCAGAACCUCACGGUAUGUCUACGUUUACGUCCUAUGAACGAGGAUGAGAUCCUGCUUGGAGCCACGUGCAUUGCCCAUAAAGUGGAGGACAGGAUGGUGGUCCUCAUGGACCCUAUGGAGGAUCCGGAGGACAUUCUCCGAGCCAACAGGUCCAGAGAAAAGCAAUUUGUCUUUGAUACCUGUUUCGAUGGAAGUUGCACUCAGGAGGAUGUUUACGAGUCGUCAACAAAGUUUCUGAUCGACAACGUCAUCACAGGAUACAAUGCUACCGUGUUUGCUUAUGGUGCUACUGGUGCUGGAAAGACCUACACAAUGUUGGGAACAGAUGAUGACCCUGGUAUCAUGGCUCGCACGCUCAACGACCUUUUUAUUUCCAUGGACAAAACACGGGAAGACAUGAAGUACAAAGUCACCAUGUCUUACCUUGAGAUAUACAACGAGAUGAUAAGGGACCUUCUCAACCCUAGUUCUGGUAUAUUAGACCUCAGAGAAGAUUCGAAGGGUGGUAUACAGGUUGCAGGACUGACAGAGGUCAAAGCAAGAUCAACAGAUGAGGUCAUGAGAGUCCUGUUACAAGGCAACACCCAACGUACACAGGAGCCCACUGCAGCCAACAAAACCUCUUCUCGUUCACAUGCUGUACUUCAAGUAAUCGUACGGCAACAGAAUAGAGUGAAAAACACGAUGCAAGAAGUACGCACGGGAAAAUUGUUCUUGAUAGAUCUGGCUGGAUCAGAGAGGGCGGCAAACACUCAUAACAGAGGGAAGCGUAUGGUUGAAGGUGCUCAUAUAAACAGAUCACUGCUCGCUCUGGGCAACUGCAUUAACGCGUUAACUGACAAGAAUGGCAAAGGGUAUGUGAAUUACCGAGACAGCAAACUUACACGUCUGCUAAAGGAUGCUUUAGGCGGGAACUGUAAAACUGUUAUGAUUGCCCACAUUUCACCAGCCAGCAUACACUUUGAGGAAUCAAGGAAUACGCUUGUGUAUGCUGACAGAGCGAAGCAUAUCAAAACUAAGGUUCGUCGAAAUGUGACAGAUGUGGCCUACCAUAUUGCUCAAUACACAAAUAUCAUACAAGAACUAAGGGAGGAAAUCAACCGCCUACGGCAUAAACUAAAUAACCCGACAACAAGUGCUGGACGAAAGUCAAAUAUAGCGGACAUACAGUCUGUACAAUCUGAAGUUAUGGAAGCCAAACGUAAUGCAGACAGAGAGCAAUUAAACAAACUGAAGGAACAACUGCUGAUAUCAUUCAAGGAUCAAAUGGAGCUCAGGAAAAGUCUCAUGGAACUCAACAACGCCACCAUGGAAAUCUCCUUGGAAACAAAUCGCAAUCAGAUGAUUAUUUCUGAGUGGGAGCUUGAUAUGGCACGGGCAAGCAAAGCUAAACACCCUGACAAACCUUUAGAGAGCUUACUUGAAGAAAACAAGAAAGCUAUAGAUAUGGCAGGAACAGGGACUGAUGAGAUCGAAGGAGCGGAAGAUGUCAGGCAGGCUAAAGAAGAGCUCAAAGUUCUUCAUGAUGAGAAACACAGAACCGAAAAAAUCCGAGCGACUGUUAAGAAGGAACUUGAUAUGGCCCGAGCAAAGACAAGAAAGCUGGAAGAGAUGAUUCCGCAUCGAGUAAAUUCAGAGGAUCAAAAAGAAGUGCUGCGAUUGCUCUGUAAGGUUCAUGAGCUGGAGAUUCAGAACACGGAAGUACAAUCAUCAUGUAUACUGCGAGAUUUCCAGAUCAAAAAGAAAGACAUGGUGAUAUCCAGGUUCAGGCAACAUCAACAUCUCAGUGAUCAAAUCAUCAGGAAACAGAAACGUCUCAUCGAAGAUAACAAACUGUUUGUAUCUAAGGAACUAGAAGAAUUGAUAGAAAUGUACAGACUGGAGAGAAAUCUUCAGAGAGAAGAUUCCGAUAUCAGUGUAAGCUCGGAUGUUGGUAUGAAGGUAAAUGGUUUAGACAUGGACCAGCUAAGUACGCUUACUGAGGAGACGGAACCGGUUAUCAGCAGACGACAGAGGAACAAUGAGUUGAGAAGAACGAAUUCUGACGAAAAAAUAUUCUCCCACACUCCAAAAGCUCGUCAAAUAGAGAACGCUAAUUCUAAAUUUGAUAGGGGUACUUUAUCUGCAGCAUGGAGAAAUAAUUCCAGUCUAAGUCAAGAAAUUGACAGAGUGACACCUGUUGAAAUACCUACUGAAAGAAAUAGUCUUGGUGCUCCUUCAAGAAACUCAAAUAGUGAUAGGAACACCAUUGUUACUAACACAAGAAAUAUAGCUGCCCUCGCGGCUAAAAAGCGCAAUAGAGCGCAGACAAAUUUGAAUAACAUUGAAAAACGCGGUGACACACUUGAUCCUAGACCGCUUUAUAGACCAGCAAAUGAAGGUAAAGAUGCAUUAAAUGACAGAGACAAUAGAGAUGCAUACCUUACACCAAGCAGGUUAGAUAAACACAACAGGACUUUUAUUCCGGAUGCUCCGUAUGUGUCUAUAAGUAAAGCACCGAGUGAAGACAGUUUGUCUACAGUCACAAAGCACACUAUAAUAUCAGAGCGGUCUCUACCGCCUCUGCGAAGGGUAGGAGAGGCAAACGGGGACAAAAACAGAAAUAUGAAUAUGAGACAGUGGGUUCCAGUAAAUGAACCAACCUUCAACAGAAAGAAAAAGAAAGACACAUAUACACACCAGUAUUUAAAGAAGAACCACGGACGCAAUGGCAAAACUCGUAGCAACAUUGACGGGAUAAAACAAAAAACAAGCCGUACAGACCCAGACAAAGAUUAUGAUGUAAUAUCACUUGGAAAGAAGAAACACAACAGAGGAGGGCAGAAUUCAGACUCAUCCAGUAUAGGCACUCCGAUGAAUGGCGGGAAUGGCGGAAAAAAGCGCCCUCCUCCCACAAUUCCGGCUUACAAGAAAGGGGACAUCACUAUAACCGGCUUUAGCCUACCGAGAUACUAGAACUGUACAUCGUAUACUUCAGGAACAUAAAACCUUUUUGUUCUUAUGUGAAGAUGUUAUGGGCAAUUAAAACAAGCAUUUUAACUACGGACGUACGAACGAAACAAUGCUUACAUUUCACAUAGGAUUUGUGAUGGGUUUUACCUUAAAACAUAAAUUUUGUGAAAAGUGGAAGCGGCAUACAGAAGCGUGGUUUUGUAUUUUAACAUACAAAACCCAACACCGAAUUCGGUCGAGACUUUAAUUUUCCAUUUACUACUUCCUAUAUUUCUAUAUGAUAAUUAUAUUGCAUUUUGCCGAUUGACCAUACGGGGCAGCUUUAACACAAACGAAGGUCAAUUACUCACAUUGACGUAUGUGAAUGAUGUAAAUUUUCCGUCCAUAUUGUUGUCAUACUGCUGAACUUCACUGGUGACUAUUUGGGUCAUCAUAUGCAUAUACAGUUAUAAAUACACUAUGAUAACAUUAAUAUAAGAUCUGCACAGUCACAAUUCUACAAAAAAAAAUAUUUUUACAUUAUGCUUUUUAUAGUUCUAUGUUCGUUUUAAUAGCAUCUCGUACAUUCAAUUUAUUGUCUGUGAUAGAACAUUUGAAAUUUUAAGCUUGACAAACGUAUUUCACUUGCGUGCUUUAACCCUCUGUUAUUGCUAUGGCAGUCACACAGAAACACCAAUAUGUCUCACGCGCUGUUUGUUUUAUUUUGAUAUUCCUGUUACAGUUUCAAAACCCAGGAUCAAAGGACUAGUUUCAACGCUCCAGUGUAUGACUGGUAGCAACAUUUGGAGACUAGUUUCAACGCUCAAGCGCUUCAGUGUCUGAUUGAUUAAUUAUUAGGUCUUGUAACUGAACAACGACAAAACUUAAUUUUAUAACAUUGGAGCCAUGCUUUCUUACGCUACGAAUUACUCACUUCCUAGUAACCCAUACAGCUUAUUCAAGACAUAAAAACAUCCACUUAAAGUUGAAAUGUUGAACUAUUUUAGUAAACGAAAAUUACAUGAUGUAAAACUUUAAGAAUCAAGUCGGCUGACAGUUCCAUUUGAGUUUCUUUGGGCACAGUAACAGGAAUAGUGUAAGGUAGUGGACCGGUAAUGACACUCGGCAAUUUCCGUAGGAUUACGUAUAUUCGUUAGGCGAUCCGGCAUUCUUCGGACAUAUAGAUAGCUCAACGUGCACAUAGCUUUCCGUAACCACCAGAGAAUGCCGACACCACAUACGGAGAAAACGUAAAUGUACGGAAAUUGUCGAUUUUCAUUUCAGGUCCAUUACCUUAAGUCACAUUUUUCGUUGUUAUGUUAUAUAGACAUGUUUAGUUUGGUGAGGCAGUAAUUGAUGGUGUUGGGUAUUUUCUUUCGUUUCGUAGACAUUAUAUUUCUAAUUCAGGCCAUUUCGUAAGGGGAGUAGGUAAAAUUUAAGAGGUCUGAAUACUGAAAUGUGAUGUUUACAUUUUGAUUACAUGUUUCUCAAAUAAAUGUUUAAUAGUUAUUUUUCUAACAGUUGUUGUCUAAUUAUGAAAGCCGUCCAAAUGCUUGGUCUAUAGAUAUCAGUAUCUUUAGAUCCAGUUAUCAGUAAUUACAAAAUAUUUUGUGCGCACACCAAUGCUUUCGCAAUUUUGUGGUUAAUUCACUGUGAUAGAUUAUAUUUUAUUACUUUGUAUGUUCAGGUAUUUAUUAUUUUCUGUUUAAAUGUGCUGUAUGUCUGUUAUGUUUUUAUCAAUGCCUUUUGUACCGUGCGUUUUAAUUAUACUUGCGUGUAUUUAAAGCGAUCGAAGAAUGUCAUUUAAGUUUCUUUUCUAGCAUUUUCAUUCAAUUUCUAACGAUAUUAUGUACUACUUGCAUCGCCUAUAUUUUAUGAUAAAUAGGUAUACGUAGAAUUUUUAAGGUGAUAAACACUGAUAAGGUACUUCAGGUGUUAACGAGAAAUUAUUCACUUGUCAUUAAAAUACAUCAUCAAAGUUUGAACAGAAAAGAAACUUUGUUCUUGGUUAUGAUGUUUCUACACAAACUAUGUACAACACGUGGUUUUCGUAACAGUAAAUGCCUUUUUAAAUGUAUUUCUCUGUAUUGAAUUUGGGCUCCUAUUUUAGAAGCUUGACCUUCGUUUUUAUUUUUUUGUAAAUAUCCUGUUCAUAAGGCAAUAUGUGUCUCUUGUUCUGUUCUCAAAUAUGAACCUUAAUAAAAUGUGAUAUCUUAUAA